AUGAGCUCCAAUGAUUUGCUAUCGAAAUUUGAUGAUUUGGUCAAGCGUUUUAGAGAGGAAUUUGGCGAAAUUGUCGAAGCGGAGCGAGCUAAAAUGAAGGCGGAAAUAGAAGCGUAUAAUGCCGAGAAGCAAAGAAUGAAAGCAGCCGACGUUAGCGACGAUGAUAUCAUUCGUCUAAACAUUGGUGGACAAAAACUGACCACCGCAAGAUCUACUCUGUGUCAAGUAGAAGGUUCCUUACUCGCCACCAUGUUCAGUGGUAGGUGGGAAGAUAGUCUCAAGCGUGAUGAAGAUGGCGCAGUGUUCUUUGACUUCAACCCACUAUAUUUUGGUUUCAUUUUGGACUAUUUGCGCGCAAAAAAAAUCGCGACUCCAGAGAGCCCCGCACCAUUGCCAAAAGUCCCUGAUGAUCAAAUGAAACAUUUCACUAAUCUUCUCGAAUAUCUCGGCUUGGCUGAUGAAAUCGUCCCCACUGAGAUUGCGCCUGACGUGAAACAAAGCGAGAAAUUCAAUUUGUGCAGCCCUGAAAUUACUCUUCAGGAAGAGAAGAAAGUUGCAGUUCAUGAUUCAAAUGCAGGGCAUAGACAUGUUCUGGGUGAAAAUAUUUACCAACGUGGAAUUGUCCAUUUCAAGUUGAAGUUAGAGUCCUUUCAAAACAACCAUUGGGUCAUGGUAGGCAUAGUGAGAGCGGAUGUUGUACCACAGUUACAAAGUCGCAGUUCAUAUGGCUGGCCUGGUUCAAUUGGAUGGGCACUCGGGUACGGUGGUCAAGUGUAUAAAGACGGCUCAAGUUCAAUUAACGACUCAUUAAGAAAACUAUCCAAACAGGGUGACACGGUUGAGUUAGUCUUGGAUUGCGAUGCAGGCAAGCUGUCACUACAUUUACCCACUGGUCAUCAAUUUCACAUCGAAAUACCAAAGCCGCAAACCUGGAGGCUUCAUGUAAAUUUGCACGGUGCAAAUGAUAAAAUACGUAUUGUCGAAGUUACACAAACUUAA